AUGUUAAAUUUUUAAACAAUGUUUAUUGUAUAAAUUCUCUCUGUUUUUACUAUUACACUGUAUAUAAGGUUAUAUACGCAUUAUUAUUACUUUUUAUAUAAACAAGAACGAUAUCGGUAAUUCAAAAUAUUAUUCGAAUCAUUUGUAUUUGUAUUAGUAUAGGAGUAAAAGCAGAAAGCAGUAUACAUACGUAUGUGUGUUACGUAUGGUUUUCUUUUUAACGUGACAAAUUUACGCGGGAAGGUAAGCAGGCAAGAAUGGGCAAGAAGGUUAGUCAAAGUCCUAACAUGGCACAGCGUAGUAUAACGUCAUUUUUCGCGAAAUCAAGCUCAGAAAAUAAAGCUGAAUCUAACGGUACAAGCAAUGUUAAGGAAGAUAGAGACAGUCCGCCAAGUUCUAAAAGGAAAAGAGAUGAUAGCGAAGAUAGCAGUGAAACUGGGAGUUCUCCAGCUAAUAAAAAAUUGGAGAGUCCUUCAAAAUCUAAGAAGUCAUUGAAAACUCCGUCACCACAGAAGAAAGUAAAUGGAACACCAAAAAUAAAAAUUACUCCUACGAAAACAAUUAAAGACACUGAGAAAAGGAGAGCUAAGACUCCGCUUACUGCUUCGAAGAAGAAGCAGAAAAUCACCGAUGUAGAAGAUACUCCCAAAAAGGUCAGUACAGAACGAAAAAGGAAAUUAGAUGAGGAAGAGCAAAAAGAAAAUAGCGCAGACAGCGCAGAACAUAAAGCAGAAUCAGAUGCAGAAGUAAAAUCUGAGGAGACUUCACCCGAUGAAUCUAUUAACAAAAAGGAAAUAAAGCCUAAGAGGAGAACUAGACAGAGGAGGAGAAUAUCAUCAUCAGAUGUCGAUGAGAAAGAAAAAACUCCACCCAGUAAGAAACAAAAAACUCCACACAGUAAAACUGAAAAAUCUCCGUCCAAUAAGAAAGAAAAAACUUCACCUAGAAGGGAAGAAGAGUCUAAUGAGGAAGACUUAAAAGAAGAUGAGGAAGAAAAUAAGAGAGAGGAAAAAAAGGUAGAUGACAAGAAACAAAAUAAGAAAGAGGAAAAAGAAGUAGAUGAUGAGAAAGAAAAUAAGGAAACGGAAGAAAGUGUAGAUAAUUCUCCUAAGAAGAUGCACAGUUUUUUCUCUCCGAAGCAGAAAGGCAAUGUAAAGAAUAAUAGCGGAGAUAAGAAAAAGUCCGAUAGUCAUUCGUACAAUCCCAGUGCCUCAAAGUACGAUCCGAUUAAAGACGCUUGCUGGAAACAGGGUGAAAAAGUGCCAUACGUUGCGUUAACACGCACAUUAGAACUGAUCGAGAACACAAGCGCUCGAUUGAAAAUAGUAGAAAUUUUGUCAAAUUACUUUCGGUCAGUUAUCGUUCUAAGUCCAAAUGAUUUAUUACCAAGCGUAUACCUGUGUCUCAAUCAACUCGCGCCUGCUUACGAAGGGAUUGAAUUGGGUAUAGCCGAAACGUAUCUCAUGAAAGCCAUAGCACAGUGUACCGGUAGAACUUUAGCGCAAAUUAAAGUGGACGUACAGGAGGUUGGUGAUUUGGGUAUUGUAGCAGAAGGGAGUCGUUCCAAUCAGAGAACAAUGUUUCAACCCGCGCCGUUAACAGUAUCGAACGUAUAUACUAGACUGAAAGAAAUAGGUCAAAUGACCGGUUCUGCGUCAAUGACCAAGAAGCUGGAUAAAAUUCAAUCACUUUUUGUAGCAUGUCGUUUUACUGAAGCUAGGUAUCUGAUUCGCUCGUUGGCUGGCAAACUUCGAAUCGGUCUAGCGGAACAGUCUGUAUUGCAAGCUAUGGCAUUAGCGUGCACGAUGACUCCACCAAAUCAGGAGUUUCCGCCAGAAAUGUUGAAUGUGAGCAAAUCACUUUCAAGCGAUGCGUUCAAACAGAAAUACGAUGAGACUGCUCUUAUCAUUAAAACGACAUACUGCGAGUGUCCAAAUUAUGAUAAAAUAAUUCCUGUUUUACUUAAAGAAGGAGUUGAUGAGUUACCGAAAAAAUGUAAAAUUACACCUGGAAUACCUAUGAAACCUAUGUUAGCGCAUCCUACUAAAGGUGUACAAGAGGUAUUAACGCGUUUCGACGGAUUGAAGUUCACAUGCGAGUGGAAAUACGACGGGGAAAGAGCGCAGAUUCAUCUUUCCAAGGAUGGAGAUAUUAGUAUUUACAGUAGGAAUCAAGAGAAUAACACUACUAAAUAUCCGGAUGUUAUAAACCGAUUUAAAAAUACCCGUAGUGACAAGGUUGAAAGCUGUAUCCUAGACUGUGAAGCAGUUGCUUGGGAUAACGAGAAAAAACAAAUUCUACCUUUCCAAGUACUUAGUACGAGAAAACGGAAGGAUGCAAAUGAAGCAGAUAUUAAAGUCCAAGUAUGCGUGUUCAUGUUUGAUCUUCUGUAUUUGAACGGAGAGCCGCUUGUGCAACAACCUUUCAUAAAACGUCGUGAAUUGCUAAGAGAAAAUUUCAAGCAAGUAGAAGGAGAAUGGAAGUUUGCCACAAAUUUGGACACGACGACAAUGGAACAAGUGCAAGACUUUUUAGAUGAAUCGGUCAAGGGUAAUUGCGAGGGACUUAUGGUGAAGACUUUGGAACAAGAGGCAACAUACGAGAUUGCAAAGCGUUCGCGAAACUGGUUAAAAUUAAAGAAAGAUUAUUUGGACGGUGUGGGUGAUACGAUAGAUGCAGUUGUCAUUGGUGGUUAUCUAGGAAAAGGGAAAAGGACCGGAACUUAUGGAGGAUUUCUGUUGGCUUGUUACGAUCAAGAGAAUGAAGAAUAUCAAAGUAUUUGCAAAAUCGGUACAGGAUUCAGCGAAGAAGAUCUUCAGAAGCAUACUGAAUUCUUUAAGGAACACAUAAUACCGCAAACUAAAUCUUACUAUCGUUACGACUCGUCUCUCCAACCCGAUCACUGGUUCGAGCCCGUUCAAGUUUGGGAGAUUAAAUGCGCUGAUCUGUCAUUGUCACCUGUCCAUAAAGCAGCCGUCGGUAUUGUUGAUCCAGAAAAAGGCAUAUCUUUGAGAUUCCCGAGAUUCAUUCGUAUUCGUGACGAUAAGAACAGCGAGGAGGCCACGUCUGCUCAGCAAGUCGCAAAUUUAUAUAACAGCCAGGAGCAGAUAAAGAAUCAGUCAACAUCGACGAAAGUUACUGAAGAAGAUUUUUAUUAAAUACUUCAAUAAAGGGAGAGAACUAAAUUAUUUUUUAAUCUACAUAAAAUAAGAUUUUUAUUAUCAGAUAGAACUUUUUAUAAUUGAACACAUGAAUAUAUUAUGUUUUGUACAUAAAUAGAUAAAGAAUCUCUCAGUUCAUCCAUAUAAUAUUCAAUAAAAUUCAACUUACUACAUUGGAA